UGGGAAAGAAAGUGGAGCGCGGCGGCGCAGCUAGCGCCGCUGGUGUAGAGUUUUAUAGAAGGCCAUCAGUCAGUGUUCCAGCUGGCAGCGUUGGCAGUCAUAUCGUGUGUGGUGGCGGUCUAUACUGUAGUACUACUGCACAUGACUUGUUUUCGCGUGCCCUUUUGUAUUCGUCUCUCCUCUCGUCUUCGUGUUUUCGGGAUGGACGGAUGUGCCUGGAUUCACGACCAGCUCUGACAAACCCGCGGGUUAUCUCUUUUCUCGUGCCACUAACAAUCGAUUGACGUCAGGAUAUCGUGACAAGCGUUUUCGAUUAGUUUUGAUUGCUAGUGAUUGUUUUCCUGUUCUUAUUUUCAAAUUAAACGGGCAUUAAGCAGAAAUGGCGCAACAACAAUGCCACAAUGACGCAAUUGAACGAGUCCGUUCUAUCGAUAGUUACCACCACCAUGUGACUGGUGAAAGUAGUCGGACGGGUAGCCGUCGCAGCAGUUUCAGCUCUUCGAACCGCGGUUCAGUCAGCUGUUUGCAGGAGGCUCUCUCUUCUGUGGUCGACGCUUUACAGCUGUCAGGCAGUAGGGAGAGUCUCGACGACGACGAAUUAUUCAAACCGGAUCAUAGUACCGCGACCGAAACCACAUCUAAUUCAGUUUGCAAUUCGUGUAAAGAGGAAAAUCACGAAGCCCUUUCCGUCCAACUAGCGAGACAGAGGAGCUACUUGCACGGGAGCGUGGGACCUUUCCAAUCACUUCUGGGCAACUCUGAACUGAAGCGAACUUUGCCGGAUGGCAAGCUCAAAGUCUUCAUCGGAACAUGGAACAUGAACGGAAAGACACCACCGUCCACGUUGGAGGACCUUUUGCUUCCAACUCCACUUCAAAGUCUGCCCGACGUCGUUGUCAUCGGUACGCAAGAAACUAAUGGCGAAAGAGACGAAUGGGAAGUCGGACUUCAGGAGACACUCGGACCGGGUCACGUUCUCUUCCAUUCCGUCGAGCUGGGCACCAUCCAUCUGGCCGUGUUUCUGCGCAGAGAUCUAAUUUGGGUUUGCUCAGUUCCGGAAUCGGAUUCGCACAGCACGCGAGCGGGCAGCGCAUUCCGGACGAAAGGAGGCGUGGCUGUUGGUUUUAGUAUCUUUGGCACAUCGCUGCUCUUUGUGAAUUGCCACUUACCGGCUCACGCCGAGAAGUUUGCCGAACGUGAGCGUGAUCUCAAAAAGAUAUUAUUUUCCUUGGAUUUGCCAAAAGAGUUACCAAUCCGGAAGAAGCAACGAGACGUGACCAGCAAUUAUGAUUACGUAUUUCUCUGCGGAGAUUUGAACUUCCGCAUCAAUAAAUCUCGGGAAGAAGUCCUCGACUUCGUCUCGAAAACUUGGGGAGAAAUUUCACCGGUCGACUUUCGGCCGGAACUAUCAAAGCUCUUAGAGGCCGAUCAACUAAAGCUCAGUCUUGCCAACAAUCGGAUACUAAGGACUUUCAGCGAAGCCGAAAUCACUUUCGCUCCAACUUACAAAUACAUUCCUGGAACCGAAAAUUUCGACGAAGCCAAGCAACGAGUUCCAUCUUAUACCGAUCGAAUCCUCUGGAAAGAGCGCAAAGGCAUCAGUGUGCGCUGCGAUCAUUACGAUGUGGCAAAGCAAUUGAAAUGCUCCGAUCACUUCCCCGUUUGGGCUGCCUUUCAAGUGCCUAUCAAACCUGGAAGAGAAACGAUUCCUCUAUCAGCCGGAACGUUUAAUCGGCCUGUUUACUUGGAGGGGAUGAAACGUCGUCUACAAGCCUGGGAUCCUAACAAGCUUUCACUAAGCAAUUCCGCAUCUUGUAGUUUACAGUGAACGGUAUAUUUCAGAGAAAUUCAACUCCCAUAGAAUUUAAUAUUUAUAAAAUGCACUUAUAUUAUUUCGUAUUAAUUCAACGCCAUUUCCAAAGAGGCUUGGUAUUUAAAAAUCCCCAUUUCCUAUUUUAAAACCAAUUUUCGUAAUUUCAUCGUAAACAUAUGAUAUCAAUUAGAUAUUGGAAGACUGCAUGAUGGCAAAGACGUAUACUAGGCCGCAAAGCACAGAAACUCUCACCCAGUUACUGCCUUGUUAUUUGCUGUCAUCACAAUAUUACUAAAUGAUAUUAUAUAAGUUCACUGGCCACGGGUCAAAAUCGAAAGCCAUAUAAAAAUGCCCGAAUUCCAUUUCUUUUCGACGAUUCGACUCAUUCCAUUCAGAAAUGGAUUGAUGCGGUCCGAUAUUGCCUGUCUUAAUGUGCCCCAUUUCAUCCAUAUCGUAGUCUAAGAUAAACUGAUCAAGUUAUCCAUGCCACAAAAAAAGCCAAAUUUUGAAUCCCAGGUCCAAUGUUGAUUGAUUAAGAAUGACUUACCUAAUGCACAGAUAAAAUAAUUCGCGCACGGUAUUGUAUCAGUAACAAAGAGUUCAGUCUAAACUUGUGUAUACGAAACUUACAACCUUAUGAAUCGAUACUUAAUAAUUAGCAAAAUCGUUCAGUCGCACCGUAGAUUGCACUUGUAUUGUCUGCGUUUUAUGUUUAUGUUGAGUCUCAUUAAACGCAUAUUGUUAAGCAAGUGUGGACAGUUCAAUUUGCCAAAUGUAAUUUCUCAUCGGCUACAUGUCAAUUAGAAAUUCGAACGGAAAUACACACAGAACAUGGAAAUACA